GGCACUACAUGCGCAGUAUGUCGUCUGCCAGCUCAAUACAUCAUCAUUCCUUUGCAUUUCCAUCUCUUCCCAUCCCUGUCUCCUCGGCUCUGCUUUUCCCACGUUCUUGAAUUCACUUGAACCCAGAAAACCCACAACUUAGAAGAAAGCUAGCUAACACGACAUGUCGUCUUCAGACGAGGAGGGAUCAGGGGAGGAGUACCUCUUCAAGAUCGUCAUCAUCGGCGACUCUGCCGUCGGGAAAUCCAACUUGCUCUCUCGCUACGCCCGGAACGAGUUCAGCGCGCACUCCAAGGCCACUAUAGGAGUGGAGUUUCAGACCCAGAGCAUGGAAAUCGACGGCAAAGAAGUCAAGGCUCAGAUUUGGGACACUGCCGGCCAAGAACGCUUCAGGGCCGUCACCUCUGCUUACUACCGCGGCGCCGUCGGAGCUCUCAUUGUGUAUGAUAUCACUCGCCGGACAACGUUUGAGAGUGUCGGUCGUUGGCUUGAUGAGCUCAAGACUCAUUCAGAUACUACAAUGGCGAUGAUGCUAGUGGGGAACAAAUGUGAUUUGGAGAAUAUUAGGAAUGUGAGUGUUGAAGAAGGUAAAAGCCUUGCUGAAGCUGAAGGGAUGUUCUUCAUGGAGACUUCUGCAUUAGACUCGACCAAUGUUGAUAAGGCUUUUGAGCUUGUUAUUCGAGAAAUAUAUAGCACCGUGAGCCGAAAGGUCUUGAAUUCAGACACUUACAAAGCAGAGUUAUCUGUGAACAGAGUAAGCCUGGUUAGUAAUGGGGCAGAAGGAUCGAAGAAAUCCCAGGGCUACUUUUCUUGCUGUUCCCGUUAAUAUGGUUUACAUCGCAACCAUGAGUUUAUGACAUUAGCACUUGAGUCAUUUCCAAAGGUUGGUUAUUCAAUUUGGUUCAUUAAUUCGAUUGUUUGUUUAGUACAAGUCAAUAUUAUAGAAAGAAAAAAAAAUUAUUCGCAUCCAGUCAAGUAAAGAGAACAAAAAAACAUAGCCAAAUUUCAUAUUCUGAUACAAGACAUGUAACUGCUACCAAAAAGAAAACGUAGCAGACACCCAUUUUCAUGUAACUGCUACCAAAAAGAAAACGUAGCAGACACCCAUUUUCCUUUGUGUGAUUGUAUUUGGAUAGCAUAUUAUUAAAUUAAGCACCUAUGUUCAAGAACUUUCUUGUUUCUCCCCAAGUUGUAUGUUAUUUUCAUUGAAUUGAAGAACAGGGACAACAUUAUUAUUCUGAUAAGAGAUGCAACUUUUUUAUUCAGAAUGAAAAAUAUUUUAGUUUAUCUAAUUUUU